GCUCUUAUUGGCUGAGUGGGAGGGAAAGAUACAGACGACGCUAGCGAUAAAAGACUAGCAUUCAGUUAGUCGAUUUAUUUUGAAUUCACAUCUCACCCUGAAAGUAAGAAAACAUGUCUGGACGUGGAAAAGGUGGAAAAGCUAAGACCAAGAGCAAGACUCGUUCAUCGAGAGCUGGGCUACAGUUUCCAGUCGGAAGAGUGCAUCGUCAUUUAAGAAAAGGAAAUUAUGCACAGAGAAUUGGAUCUGGAGCACCCGUUUAUCUAUCAGCCGUCAUGGAAUACUUGGCCGCUGAAGUGUUGGAAUUGGCGGGAAACGCAGCCAGAGACAACAAGAAAUCUAGAAUCAUCCCUAGACAUCUCCAACUUGCAAUCAGGAACGACGAAGAAUUAAACAAGCUACUUAAUGGUGUAACCAUCGCUCAAGGAGGAGUACUACCCAACAUCCAAGCAGUCUUAUUGCCCAAGAAAACCACAAAAGAAUAA